UCGACGGUUCACCAUUCGUGUUCCCUUUCAUUCAAACUUCCUCGUCAUUUUUUUUUUCUUUUAAAAAGUCAAAAAGAAAAAUAUUUCAUACGAUUAUUUAUAACAUGUUUGUUCGUAAUCGAAGGAACUUUUGAAAUUCGCGGGUUUGUGUUUACAUUUGAAUCACGUUCGAAGGAACGAACAAAUUGCAUCAGUUUGAAACCGAGAGUUCUGCGAUAAGAAGAGCAGUUCAUGUAGAAAAAUCAAGAAUCAUGACGAAAGUGCGCCAAUACAGAUUUCUUCCGCUUCUCGUGCAUAUCCUUCUUGGCGUGUGCCGUGGUAUUCAGCAAUUCGAGGAGACACCCCAAUACACCGAGGUGAAUCCCGGACAAGACGCGAAGUUGAUAUGCCGCGUGCUCGGGAAGAGGGGGCAGUGUAUCUGGCAGAAGGAUCAGAAGCCGAUCGGGAUGCACUUGAAGAAAUACGAGUGGGUAGGACGGCCAGACAUCGGCGACUGUUCCUUGUGGGUGAGAUCGGCCACUUUAGAGUUCGACGACGGUCUAUGGCAGUGCCAGGUGACAGCCAGCGACUUCACCACGCAGGACGCGCUGGCAUCCGAACCGGCCAGGCUCGUUGUCCGAGUCAGCCCUCAGCGACCGCAGAUAGAGUACGCGGAUCGUCUAAUUCUACCCGGCAGCAACGUGACAGCCCGAGCAGGUGAGAUCGCUGCGCUCACUUGCAGAGCGCGGUAUGGGAAUCCUUCGCCUCUAAUUAAAUGGUACGUGGGUGAGACCGAAGUGAGGACUUUGAGGCCACAGGUGAAUUCAACGGAGAUAGAUAAUCCUCGUACCUGGGCGACCUACAGUGUCUGCGAGAUCAUGGCGGACAGAUCGCGCUAUGGACAGCCGAUUCGAUGCGUGGCCAUUCAUCCGGCCUAUGACAACCCGACUAUGUCGUCGAGCACGGAAGUCAGGUUCGAUGUUAGAUACGCGCCCGAGACGAGACUGGUCGGGGUGCCGACCGGCCAACUGGAAGAGGGUCGUGAUCAACUCGAGAUACGAUGUCUAGCCGAUGCGAAUCCACCGGCCUCGAUCCUCUGGAGGAGAACCAAGAGUCCGGGAGUGACGGAGGUGGCCAGUAUCGGAGAAACGUUGCUAUUCUCCCCGAUCUAUAGGAAUCACGCAGCCGUCUAUAUCUGCGAAGCGGCCAACACCGAGGGUGAAAGCAGCCCAGUGUCCGUUCAAGUGUCCGUCAACUAUCCGCCGACGAUCAGCUCGGUCGGGCCAGAUCGACUAACCACGGCGUUGUUAUUUUCUGGAGCCUCGUUCGAGUGUAACGCCGACGCUAUGCCACCGGCCGAGUACAGGUGGGCUCAAAUCUUCACCGAUGGCCGGAUGCCAUUGGAAUGCGGUACAGGGCAACGAUUGAUCCUGACGAACGUGACGUACGAGCAACAGGGUCAAUAUAUAUGUCUCGCCUCGAACAAGAUCAAUGGGAACGUCAGGGAAGUUAAAAGUGAUCCUGUAUCGUUGCAAGUGGUCGGCGCGCCGAGGGUGGUGAAACCGGCUAUCACGGAGAAGUUUGUCGUGGCAACGACCGAAGGGAGCCCGGCGAAAUUAGAGAUCAGACUGUGUUCCGACCCGAAGCCCCGGCUCGUGGCUUGGGAAUGGGGCAGCACCAGACUCCACGCCGGUGAAGUACUGGAAUCACGGUAUCGAGCGUUGGAUCUAGAGCCGUUAGCGGUCGAGGAUUGUUAUAUAGCCGUUUUAGAACUGACUAGCACGGUGAAGGAGGAUCAAAGACUGUAUCACGUAAUCGUGGAAAACGAUCGUGGGAGCGAUCGUCGAGCCCUGAUGUUGAGAGUCGACGAACCAGGCCAGAUUCCACUCGUUAUCGGCGCUGUCGCUGGGUUUACGGUGCUCUCGGUGCUGGUAAUGGGAUUCGUUUGUUUCCUACGCUCGGAUAGAUGCUGCGUGGCCAGAAAUACGGUGCCUGCACUCCAGCAAGUACAUUGUACGAAGGCUUCGAACACAAUGAUAGAGGAUCCCCGUUUAGCAGUGGAUACGAUGGAAAGAAACAGUCAACAGUACGCGUCCGAGAAACGACCGAAUCACGUUUUGAAGCCCGUCCCGUCGCAACAAUAUCAACAAGAGUGUUAUCAACACGAUCCGCCUCACCAACAGCAACAUUAUCAGAGGCAUCAUCAUCAUCACCAUGGACAACCUCACGGGCCACAAUACACGCUUCAGGGGGAGCAGCUGUUUCUCAAACCAGAUCGUUUAGCAACCCUGAAGCCCCACUGCAAGAUCGAGAAGCCGCCGCAGUACACGACGUUCAAGCCGAGUUCGAACUGAAGAUUUUACUAUUUCUAUUUUCUAUUGAUGUACACAUUGAUCGCACACAUGCGCGCAUCCUACAAGAAACUGAAACUAAAAAAAACACCAGAAAUGAGAAGAAAAUAACGAUGAAAAUGGUAGAAAAAUCGAUAAGACGAGACUGAAAAGUGGCAUAAAAUCAAAUCAAAGGAAAUUAACGUAUAAUUUGCUAUCUUUUCCAC